AAAAGUUAAAAAGAUCAUGAAGGGGAAAAAAUUGUAAAAUUCUCCGAAAGUAAGAAUUGUAGUGGGGGUGAUAGUAGACACGGCGUGUACAAAUGAAGGAGAAACGAACAUAACACCAUGAAAAUCACAGCGGCAUCAUGAACAAAAAAGCAGAAGAAGAAGAUCUUAAUCUUAAUCAUUCCGCAAUUCCAACUUCUCCACUUUCGAGUAUCGAUUCAAGAUUCAACCAAACUCUUCGAAAUGUUCAAGGGUUGCUUAAAGGCCGCAGCUUUCCCGGAAAAGUUUUAAUAACAAGGAGAACAGAUCCAAUUGAUUACCCAACUUUGCCGUCCCCAGGCAUUAGGAGUCCUUCAGAUACUAAUAGUGGACCAAGUUAUAACAUGGAUGAUUUCGUCGAGAGAGAAGCUCGUUCUGGAAGCAAGACAAACACCGAUUCAGAUAAUAGCAAAUUAAAAACUUCAACUUCAACUAAUGAGGGUACAACCAAAGAGGUGCAGAAGUCCACAAUGGGUGCCAGAGCUACUGAUUCAGCCAGGAUAAUGAAGUUUAAUAAAGAGUUAUCUGCACCAGCAGUCAUCUUGGAUAAGUUGCGGGAGUUGGCGUGGAGUGGUGUCCCACCAUAUCUACGUCCCUCUGUAUGGAGGCUUCUUUUGGGAUAUGCACCCCCUAAUUCAGAUAGAAGGGAGGGUGUUUUGAGAAGAAAGCGGCUCGAAUAUCUUGAUUGUGUUGCACGAUAUUAUGAUGUUUCAGAUAAUGAACGUACCGAUGAAGAAAUUAACAUGCUCCGUCAGAUUUCUGUUGAUUGCCCUAGAACUGUACCCGAUGUUGCUUUUUUUCAACAAGCAGAAGUUCAAAAAUCGUUGGAGAGGAUACUUUACACAUGGGCAAUUCGGCAUCCUGCAAGCGGAUAUGUUCAGGGAAUAAAUGAUCUUCUUACCCCUUUUCUAGUUGUUUUCUUGUCGGAGCACUUAGAAGAGAGUUUGGAUAAGUGGUCAAUGCUCAAUCUAUCUGUAGAAGAUAUAUCUAAUAUUGAAGCUGAUUGCUAUUGGUGCCUAUCAAAGUUGCUUGAGGGCAUGCAAGAUCAUUACACUUUUGCUCAACCGGGAAUUCAGAGACUAGUUUUUAAGCUAAAGGAGUUGGUUAGACGCAUUGAUGAGCCUGUUUCAAGACACAUGGAGGAGCAAGGUCUUGAAUUUCUUCAAUUUGCUUUCCGCUGGUUCAAUUGUCUUCUGAUACGUGAGAUUCCUUUCCAUCUUAUUAACCGCUUGUGGGACACAUAUCUUGCUGAAGGAGAUGCAUUGCCAGAUUUCCUAGUAUAUAUAUUCGCCAGUUUUUUGUUAACGUGGUCGGAUAAGCUCCUCCAGCUUGAUUUCCAAGAGAUGGUAAUGUUCCUUCAACACCUCCCAACCCAAAACUGGACUUAUAUGGAGCUUGAGGUGGUACUUUCGAGAGCAUAUAUGUGGCACUCCAUGUUCGAGAGCUGUCCCAACCACUUGGCUAGCUAAAUCAUUUCUUGCUUAUCAUCAAAAACCCCCCUGAUUGUUAGGUUUCUAUUGUUUUUCUCACUAUUUAGCGGAUACCCUUUCUAUGUAGGUUUCUCUUUGUCUCCUUGGUUUUCUUACCUUGGUUUCUUUAACAAAACCAAGCUAUGAUUUGAAUUUGUAAAAGUGCUUGUAUCUUUGUAAUAUAAUUUAGUUUUGUAUUAUUACACCUCAGGAGAAAGAAAAUGUAACCUGUGUUGGAAACAAACCUCUCGUUGUUUUUGACUGGAGUCUAAUUUAUAUUAUUUUUUAAUCGAA